UUUUUUUUCUCCCCUUUAUUUACCACUUCUUCCUUUUUGUUCCUUUGCCUUUCUUGUUAUUUACUGUAUCUGAUCCAUCAUGGGAAAAUCUUCAGCGGCUGAUGUUGAAGUGGAACAGAUUGAAAAGCGUCAAGAUAGCGCCGUCAAACGGCAUCUCAAAGCGUUCAGGGACUCCAUCUAUCAUAAACCGGAAAAGCCUACCAAUAUGUGGCAUCUACUUACAAACCUCACCAAUACACAAAGAAUCACGUUCGCAGCAGCUUUCUUUGGUUGGACAUUGGACGCCUUUGACUUUUUCUCAGUUUCACUGACCACAGCCCAAAUCGCCAAGGACUUUAAUGUGGAACCUUCGGAAGUCACAAGUGCGAUCACCACCACUCUUAUGCUUCGACCCAUCGGUGCGCUUAUAUUUGGUGCUUUGGCAGACAAAUAUGGUCGACGCUGGCCGUUGAUGGCGGAUAUUGUAUUGUACUCUCUUAUCAAUAUGGCAAGCGGAUUCGCUCCUAAUCUUCAAACUUUUAUUGGCCUUCGAGCUGUCUUUGGCAUUGCCAUGGGCGGUGAAUGGGGUCUCGGUGCAAGUUUAGCACUGGAAUCACUUCCAAUUGAAGCACGUGGUUUGUUCUCUGGUAUCUUUCAAGAAGGUUAUGCAUGCGGUUACCUACUAGCUACUCUGGUAAACUAUGCAAUCGAAGAAACUGGAUCCAGUUGGCGAAUUUUGUUCUGGGUUGGCGCCUCGUUUGCUCUGCUAGCCAUCGUUAUUCGAUUUUGGGUGCCUGAAAGUGAAGCUUUUGAGAAACAGCAAGAAGCUCGCCGAGUGAUCGGUCGGUCUUUACUUAAAGAGACAUGGAUCGUCCUGAAACAUCAUUGGCUGCGUCUUAUCUACAUGGUCAUCCUAAUGGCAUUUAUGAAUUUCUUCUCCCACGGUUCGCAAGAUCUGUAUCCCACUUUCUUAACAUCUCAACUUGGCUACACUCCUACGCAGAAGACGGUCACCAGUGUCAUUUACAACAUCGGUGCAAUUUGUGGCGGUACAAUCAUUGGUUACUAUUCUUCGUACUUUGGUCGCAAAUUAUGUGUCGCAGUCUGCGCCAUCUUGGCCGGAUGCUUUAUUCCGCUGUGGAUUUAUGGUCCCAAUAUUCAUGCAUUGCAAUUCGGCGCAUUUACCAUGCAAUUCUUUGUUCAGGGCGCCUGGGGUGUCAUUCCUGCACACAUCAAUGAAUUGUCGCCACCCGCUUUCCGAGGUCUUUUGCCCGGCUUGGCAUAUCAACUUGGUAACCUGAUCAGCGCCGCCAGUAGCCAGAUCGAAGCGACCAUUGGUGAACGGUAUCCCAUCAGAAAUGCCGAUGGCAGCUACAAAUUGAACGCCGAAGGCAAGCAAAUUGCUGAUUAUGGAUUGACACAAGCGAUUUUUAUGGGCUGUGUGUGUGGUGGUCUGCUGAUUACAAUUCUUGUGGGCAAGGAAGAGCGUAACAAGGACUUUAUGGAGCAUUUGGUGGAAGACGCUCGUUCAGGUCAAGCGGUGACACCGGACGAUGUAAAUGCAAGCCGUAUUGAACAAGGCAUGUCCAGUGAUGGAAACGGCAAGAGCGAGAGCGAUGAAAAAAUCCACCGCUUUGAAAGUAUGCAGGAGAAAAUGACCCUGGAACAUGCUGAAUCUGUCCAGCCCGCAGAGACAAAGCAGCACGAACAGCAUGAUUCAACAGGAAAAAAUGCAGAGUAAGCGAACCGCUUAUUACAAAUGCAUUCUAUUUAAAGUUACUGUACAAAAAAACUCGAUAAUAUCUCUAUGUAAUAAAU